AGCAUGCAUGCCUUUGAGGAAGGCCUGGAGUUCCUGCCGGUCAACAACACCAAGAAGGUGGAGAAAGGAGGCCUCAGGCCCUGGGUGGUGCCCGUGGCUGCUGUGCUUGUGAUCCUCCUGGUCUCUCUCGUGGCUGGUUUCCUGGUGUGGCACUUCCAGUACCGGGACGUGCGGAUCCAGAAGGUCUUCAAUGGCUACCUGAGGGUCACAAACGAGAACUUUCUGGACGCCUAUGAGAACCCGAACUCCACUGAAUUUGUAGAGCUGGCCAGCAAAGUGAAGGAGGCGCUGAAGCAACUGUACAGUGAGAUCCCCGUCCUGCGGCCCUACUACAGGGAGUCGACAGUGACUGCCUUCAGCGAGGGCAGCGUCAUCGCCUACUACUGGUCGGAGUUCAGCAUCCCCAGCCACCUGGUGGAGGAGGCCGAGCGCAUCAUGGCCGAGGAGCGCGCCAUCCGCCUGCCGCCCCGCGCCCGAACCCUGAGCUCCUUCCUGCUGACCUCGGUGGUGGCCUUCCCCACUGACCCCAGAACAGUGCAGACCGCCCAGGACAACAGAUGCAAAUUCGCCCUGCACGCCCGAUGGGGGGAACGGACUCGCUUCACCACGCCCGGCUUUCCCGACAGCCCCUACCCAGCCUUCGCCCGCUGCCAGUGGACCCUGCGGGGUGAUGCCAACUCCGUGCUGAGCCUCACCUUCCGAAGCUUUGAUGUCGCGGCCUGUGACUCCAAAGGCAAUGAUCUGGUCAUGGUGUAUGACACCCUGAGCCCUGUGGAACCCCGCACGGUGGCACAGCUGUGUGGCACCUACCCCCCCUCCUACAACCUGACCUUCAUCUCCUCCCAGAAUGUCCUGCUCGUCACGCUGAUAACCAACACGGAGCGGCGACAUCCUGGCUUUGAAGCCGUGUUCUUCCAGCUGCCCAAGAUGAGCGGCUGUGGUGGCUACUUAUAUGACGACCGCGGGACAUUUAGCAGCCCCUACUACCCGGGCCACUACCCUCCCAACAUCAACUGCACGUGGCAAAUCGAGGUGCCCCACAACCGAAACGUGAAGGUGUCCUUCAAAGUCUUCUACCUGUGGGAGCCCAAUGUGCCCGUGGGCACGUGCCCCAAGGACUAUGUGGAGGUCAACGGGGAGAAGUUCUGCGGAGAGAAGUCCCAGUUUGUGGUCGCCAGCAAGAGCAGCAGGAUCACGGUGCGCUUCCAUUCGGACCAGUCCUACACCGACACGGGCUUCUUGGCCGAGUACCUGUCCUAUGACUCCAGUGACCCGUGCCCAGGGAAGUUCAUGUGCAACACGGGGCGCUGCAUUGGGAACGAGCUGCGCUGCGAUGGCUGGGCCGACUGCGCCGACCACAGCGACGAGCUCGACUGCAAAUGCAACGCCACCUACCAGUUCACGUGCAAGAACAAGUUCUGCAAGCCCCUCUUCUGGGUGUGCGACACCGUGAACGACUGCGGGGACAACAGCGACGAGCUGGAGUGCAGUUGUCCAGAUAAGAACUUCAAGUGUGGCAACGGGAAGUGCAUCCCCGAGAGCCAGCGAUGUGAUGGGAAGGACAACUGUGGGGACGGGUCCGAUGAGGCCAAGUGCAGCGGCGGGACUGUCGUCACCUGCACCAAACACACCUACCGCUGCCACAACGGGCUCUGCUUGAGCAAGUCCAACCCCGAGUGUGACGGGAAGAAGGACUGUAGCGACGGCUCGGAUGAGAAGAACUGCGGUGAGCGGGCCCGCCCGCGGGCACAGGGGGUCCACUGUGCAGGCACAGACNNNGAAGAAGGCGAGUGGCCCUGGCAGGUGAGCCUGCACGCGCUGGGCCAGGGCCACCUGUGCGGGGCCUCGCUCAUCUCCCCCAGCUGGAUGGUGUCCGCCGCGCACUGCUUCGUCGACGACCGAGGAUUCAAGUACUCCGACCACACCAUGUGGAAGGCCUUCCUGGGCCUACACGACCAGAGCAAGCGCAGCGCCUCGGGGGUGCAGGAGCUCGGCCUGAAGCGCAUCAUCAGCCACCCUUCCUUCAACGACUUCACCUUCGACUACGACAUCGCGCUGCUGGAGCUGGAGCGGCCGGUCGAGUACAGCAACACCGUGCGGCCCAUCUGCCUGCCCGACACCUCGCACGACUUCCCCACGGGCAAGGCCAUCUGGGUCACCGGCUGGGGCCACACCUAUGAGGGAGGCACCGUGGUGCUGAUCCUGCAGAAGGGCGAGAUCCGCAUCAUCAACCAGACGACCUGCGAGAAGCUGUUGCCGCAGCAGAUCACCCCGCGCAUGAUGUGCGUGGGCUACCUGAGCGGGGGCGUGGAUGCCUGCCAGGGCGAUUCCGGGGGCCCCCUGUCCAGCGUGGAGGCGGAUGGGCGGAUCUUCCAGGCCGGCGUGGUGAGCUGGGGCGAAGGCUGCGCUCAGAGGGACAAGCCAGGCGUGUACACGAGGCUCCCGAUUUUUCGGGACUGGAUUAAAGAGCAGACUGGGGUGUAGAGGCAGGGGCCAUCCACUGGUCACCCCAACGUGCACCCCUGCGGGCUGAGCACCGGUCGCUACCUGCACCCCUGCCUCCGGCCCCCCACAGACUGAGCUGAAUCCCCAGGACUCUGGAGAUGGAGGACCAGCCAGCAGAGCCUCUCACCUCCCUCAAUCUCCGAAGUGGGGCUGGGAGGUGGGGAGAGGAGGAUGCCGGCGCUGACCUGGAGCAGAGGCCUGUGACCGCAGCCGGUCCCUCCAGCCCGAGGCAGCCGGGCCCGUCCCUGGACAUCGGCUUCCUCGCCUCUGAUCCAGGCCCAGCCCCCAUGCUGCCCCGGAGAGGGGCUGGGCGCUGUGGCUCCUGGGGACACGCUCUUCAGGAAGCCGGGCCCGGAGGACCCUGGACGACAGACAGGUCUACGACGCGAACUGUUCUACCAGCUCCCAGCUGGGGUUCAGAGUGUGUUUGUGUGUUUGAGUAAAAUACUUUAUUUCUUUUUAA